AUCAGCCGGGAGUGUCAAAAACGUGUGUCACAAUAAUCAAAAUGUUAGUGUUCCUGUUUUCAAUCGUUUUGGCUACAGCCAGCGGCGUGGUGCUGUUCCUCUUCCUCAUCUCUGGCGAUUUCCAAAAAUUCAGGGAUCGUUUCGUCCUCGAUGCAAAUGGCAAACCUAAACCUUACAUAAAAUUAGCAAAUCCCGCCGAAAUCGAUCUUCAGUUGGAUGUAUUGAAAUUCAAGUUGGAUAGGAAACAAACUGAUAUAGAAUCUUCGAAAGGUAGAGUGAUCAUGGCCGCAGAGAGCAUCCAGAAGUUGAGCAACACUUCGAACGAGGUGAAGAAGUAUUACGUUAAGCUGAAGGAGGAUAUAAUGAAGUCGGAGCAGGAUUGCAGGGAACUUCAAACGCAGAUCGAUGAGUUCAAGAGGAAGCAGCACAUCUUGCGAGAGCAGAGCAGGGUUUACGAUAAGUUUGGUGAGACUGUGAUCAGCGAGGUUAACUAUGAUCUGUCGCGUUUGGACUCGAAGAAUACUGUCAGCGAUAUUUCGACAAAUUCAUAUUAUCCUUACGACGACUUCUCCGUAUCGUAAAUUUCGAUUCUGUCGAUGAGAAAACAUUGCUGCAAUCACUGAUCCACUCAUUUUCGUCCAUUCUCCUUCCUCCUCGGUCUCUGCAUAAUUUACAGGCUCAAGUAAUUAUGCACCAGAUUCACCUGCACUUAUAAGGAUAACAGAUGACAAUGGCCAGAUACUAAACAGCAGUGUAAUACUACCAGGUUUGGCGUCUAAAAGCGCCGAGAAAAUUGUUGUUCCUUACAGAC